AUGGUCUUCGUGAAAUCAUUCGCGGUGAAUGGAAGUCAUGUGCGUCGCACGGAUCAAGUAUUAGAAGUCGAUUUUCCGUACAUGCAGACAAGCGUGGAGAUGGAGCCGAAAUCCACUGAAGCCGUCGCAGUCUUAGUGAAGCAAAUGUACACUUUCCGUACUCAACUAAAAGUUGCUCGCCUGGGCGUAAUGCUAGUGGGCUGGGGCGGAAACAACGGCUCCACGCUUACAGGGGCCCUUAUCUCUAACAAAAGGCAAAUUUCAUGGAACACCGCAAAGGGACCGAGAGCUCCAAACCUUUUCGGGUCGGUUGUGAUGUCGUCAACUGUGCGCGUGGGAGCAAAUUCUGCCGGAGAGGAUGUCUUCGCUCCCAUGCAUGAGCUCUUGCCUAUGGUACAUCCAGAUGAAAUCGUGCUUGGUGGUUGGGAUAUUAACAGGGCAAACCUCGCUCAUGCCAUGCAACGUGCUAAGGUGUUCGACUAUGACCUCCAACGCCGAUUGAUUCCUCAUAUGGAAUCUCUAGCUCCGCUUCCUUCUGUGUACUACCCCGACUUUAUCGCAUCGAAUCAAGAACAACGAGCGGACAACGUCCUACCAGGAGAUAACAAAACUGAGCAUCUCAAUAUCAUUCGCCAGAAUAUAAGAGAAUUUAAGCGAGACAAGAACGUCGAUCAGGUCAUUGUACUCUGGACUGCUACCACCGAGCGAUUUUCUGAAGUCGUACCAGGGAUUAAUGACACCGCAGAAAAUCUUCUUGACGCCAUUAAUGCCUCCGAAGAAGAAAUAUCGCCUUCAACUCUUUUUGCAGUCGCGUCAAUCCUUGAAGGUGCCCCUUACAUCAACGGUUCUCCGCAGAAUACCUUUGUUCCAGGAUGCAUACAGUUGGCGGAAAGGAAAGGCGUUUUUAUUGCUGGAGAUGAUUUCAAAUCAGGGCAGACAAAAUUCAAGUCAGUUAUGAUUGAUUUCUUAGUCAAUGCAGGCAUAAAACCGACCGCCAUUGUCUCGUACAAUCAUCUGGGAAACAACGAUGGCCACAAUUUGUCGGCUCCUUCCCAAUUCAGAUCAAAAGAAAUAUCGAAGUCGAAUGUUGUAGACGACAUGGUCAAGUCUAAUCGAAUUUUGUUCCGGGACGAUGAACACCCAGACCACAUUGUGGUCAUCAAGUAUGUGCCGACGGUGGCAGACUCGAAACGUGCAAUGGACGAGUACACAUCGGAAAUUUUUAUGGGCGGAACCAACACAGUGAUCACUCACAAUACUUGCGAAGAUUCUUUGUUGGCUGCCCCAUUAAUUUUGGACCUCGUCAUUCUUUGUGAGUUGUUCUGCCGCAUCACAUACAAGACGUCGAGCACAGACGGUUUUAUGCCAUUUCAUCAUGUCCUUUCGUUUCUCGGGUAUAUGCUGAAAGCCCCUCUAGUGCCGAGUGGUACGCCUGUCGUGAAUGCAUUAUUCAAACAGCGGGCUUGUAUAGAGAACGUUCUCCGCGUUUGCUCAGGUUUGCCUGUUGAAGAUGACUUGCGAUUAGAACACCACGUCCAUUCCGUAGACAUGCGAAAUAGAAGCGAGUCUAACUGCAACAUAGUCAAGAAUGUCUGUCGUCGGGAUCAUGAAGAAUUCUACGCCAACGGCAGUCUUGCAAAUGGAAAUGGGAGCGUAACAUCUUCACGAUCCCGAACCCGUCCGGGCGAUUCCAAACCUAAGGUGUAAGUCGCCAUCUCUUGUGACGCUGCCGUUGAUGUAAGGUUCCAACCGUUUUCACCCUUGUAUCCUCAAAUAGUGUGCAGAUGGUGACAUUUUGUGGACUUUUCCGGCCGCAGUGAGCCCCCUCGCUCAAUGCUGAGUCUCGGUAACCAUGCAACAUGACAGGCGUUCACUGACGGGAUGUGGGCGAGAUACACUAAAGUACGGGCACGUGUAGUUGAGCACAUCUGGUACACACUGCUGUGAAUGUAUGCACUGCUUGUUCUGGAUAAUAAAUAAACCUAGAGACCGACACUGGUCAGACUCUACAAU